AUUCAAUCAAUUGGUUUUGACUUUUGGACUUUUGGUUUUUGUUUUCGAGUUUUCGAUUUUCGUAGGUAUUUACAAUUUCAGAAAAAUUAUAAAUUAAAAUGAAAAGAUAUCUUUAUAAAAGAAACCUAUUUUGAGUGAACACAAGCAUUUAAAGGAAUUCAAAGCAAUGGCUAGUUCAACUGUUUUACGUGUUAAACGCCGGCUCGAGGACAAUCCACAAGAUGCCUUGGUGCUUGUGUGUAAGCGGAUGAAAACAGACACUGAAGAAGUUUCCCCAUCUCUGUUUGUGUUUAGAGGCAGUGUGGAUAAUCAGGAGUCUACACAUUCAAAGAUUACAGUAGAACAAUCCAAUACCACACUAAAACAAGUAACAAAUGUAAAUGACAUUAUACAAAAAAUUCGGAAAGAAAGGAAACAAUUCUCUACUGAAAAUCGUUAUGAAAUUGUAAAUUGUAGCCGUGGUUUAAAAGAUGAAUCAGAUUUCGAUUUGGUAGAUCUACAAAAAAAAGAAGAUGAAACAAAAGAUGUUGAAUAUAUUUAUGAUCUGUAUACCCCGGCUAAAGAAGAUUUUGAUAUAUCCAUGUUAGAUCAUCUAGUCAGCAUUGAGAACUACGAAACAGAUCUGAUAUUUGGCACAUACAGAGAUGAUGGGCUGCCCUCCUCUGAAGAGGACAGUGAGGACUCCAAUGCCGAGAACGAUUGGCGGAACGAGUAUCCUGAUUCUGAUCCCAGCAGCAUUGAUGAGGAGGACAUGGUUAGGGCUGUGCAGAAUUGUAAUUUAGAAGACGAUCUAUCAAGCGACGCUGGUGAAGACAAAAUAUACGACGAACCUGCAGAUCUGUACCACGAGGACGUGAAACGGUAUGGUGAAGCAUACGCCAAGUAUAAAGCUCGUGUGCUAUCAGAACAACCUGAUUUAGCUGACAAACACGGUGUUGCUGUCAGCAACAACUUUGCUGAAGGUAGGAGUUUAAUUCAUUCCAAUGAAAUGGAAGGCGAUGGUUACAAAGACGAUAGCGAUGAUGGUUUCUAUUACGGUCAAGAUGAGGAUUCCGAGCAUUUCAGAGAGCAGUAUGCCGAUGUCAGCGAGUCAUCUGAUGAACAGGAACCCGAUUGAGUUUCAUGAAAAUCUGUUUAGGUUUUUGUUAAGGUUUUAAUAAGUGAAGGUUAUAAUAUAGAUUUAAGUGUUUUACUUUGAAAUAUAGUUUUGUACAUUAAAA